AAUGUUUCAGCCCGCAGAGCCGGGGCAGUGUUUGAAGAGACUCGGUGCAGAUGAGUGCCAUGAGAGCCGCGACCCUUCUGCUGCUGCUGCCGCUGCUGCGCUCUUACGCCGGGCAGCCGGCCGCGGCUGCAGUCAGGGAGUAUUACAUAGCAGCGUUAGAAAUUGGUUGGGACUACGUUUACCUGGACAAUGCUGACCCAACAACUGACCAAAGGGGGAGAGAUAAAGAUAUCACUCAGAAAUAUGUCAAGGCAGUUUACAGGGAGUAUACAGAUUCCACAUACACUGUCCCCAAGAGAAGGCCAGCAUGGACAGGCAUUCAAGGCCCGGUGAUCGUUGCCCGUGCUGGUGACAGGGUGGUGGUCCACUUCAAAAACCUGGCGUCUCAGCCCUACAGCAUCAGCCCUGUGGGGAUCACCUACUGGAAACACUCUGAAGGAGUCGGGUACGAGGACUCCACAGCAGGUCAGGAGAAGAAGGAUGAUGCUGUCUCUCCUGGAGGAUACUAUGAGUACGUGUGGGACAUCAGCCCAAAAGACGGUCCCACUGCCAGUGACCCAGAGUGCCUCACCUACUCCUACUCAUCCCAGGUGGACACGGUCCGAGAUGUAAACUCGGGACUCAUUGGUGCCGUGCUCAUCUGCAAAACAAGUGCCUUCACAAAUGAUGGCCAGAGGAGAAAUCCUGCGUUUGUCCUGCUGUUUGUCGUGUUUGAUGAGACCAAGAGCUGGUAUGGAGAGGUGGGAGAGAGGAAGAGCAGAGAGAAGUUCAAGAAGAGUUUGGGCAGAAAGGAAUACCACACCAUCAAUGGAUAUGUCAACUCCACGUUACCCGGUUUGACAAUCUGUCAGAGCCGUCAUCAUGUGUUCUGGCAUGUGAUUGGGAUGGGCACAGCUCCAGAAAUCCACUCCAUUCAGUUUCAGGAUCACACUCUACAGGUGUUGAACCAUCGUAAAGUCACCAUGGAGGUGACCCCUAUGACAUUCAUCACUGCAGAAAUGAAACCUGCUAAUAUAGGAAGCUUCCUUAUGAGCUGUCAGAUACAUGCUCACCGCUACGAUGGUAUGAACGCUUUCUUCACGGUGGAGAAAUGCCCUGAACCUGUCAAGCUGCCGGGGCCGGAUCUGCAUAACGUCCAAGACCAGGAUUUGGGGGAUGGCAGUUAUGACUACAGUUACGAUAAUGUGGAUUUGUUCAACACAAUAAGCGUUCUGCCUAAGAAACCACAACUGCAAGCAAGAGCCGGCAGGGGACGGCUGCAUAAAACCUGGGAGCAUUUCAUUGCUGUUGAAGAGGUCACCUGGGACUACACCAAUCAUCUCAAACCCACAGAUAGUGAGUUACAGUCUGGAUAUCUGCCUUCAUCUCCCCAUUACCUGGGCUACAAGUAUAAAAAGGCGGUGUUUGUGGAGUACACAGAUGGAUCCUUCACUCAAAAAAAGAAUUCGUCAAAAUCUUUGCUGGGUCCUCUUCUGAAAGGAAAAGUCAAUGAUCAAAUCCAGAUCACUCUCAAAAACAUGGCCAGUCGCCCUUUCAACAUCUACCCCAAUGGGCUUACCAGCGUCUCUCCACUGUUAGCAUAUGCAACUGAGAAGGACUUGCGCUCCAUGGCAGUGCCCCCCAACGGGACCUUUGGCUACGUUUGGAGCCUUACAAUAAAUGACGGACCCUUGGAGGGAGACCCCCAAUGUCUAACUCAGCUGUAUCAGAGCACUGUCUCCCCAGAGAGGGACCUGGCCUCGGGGCUGGUGGGCACACUGCUCAUCUGCAAGCAUGAGACCAUGGACACCAGAGGACGACUGUUGGGCUCAGAUAAAGAGUGGAGCCUGAUAUUUGCUGUGUUUGAUGAGAACAGAAGUUGGUACAUCAAUGAAAAUAUGCAGAAGUCCGGCCAAAGCUCCCUUAACACCACAGAUCCUGAAUUCUACGACACCAAUGUCAUUUAUAGUAUUAACGGCCUCAUGUUUGCCGGCCGUCAGUUUGUGGUGUCUCAAACAGACGUCGCCUUCUGGCAUGUGGCCAACGUGGGCAGCCAGAGUGACUUCCUCUCUGUUUACUUCACGGGAAACCUCUUUCUGUACAAAGGCCUCUACCAGUCCGUGCUCACCCUCUUUCCCAUGACUGGCAUGACUGUUUCCAUGGAAACUGAAUUGAUGGGUGAGUGGGAGAUCAGUGCCUAUGAUGGCAGAUUGAAGAACCGAGGGAUGAGUAUCUAUUACUCCGUUCGCCAUAGUGACUACGGAGACCUAGUCGAUCGUGAUUGGAUUGAAGAAGAUAUCUCUGACUAUAUCGAUGCGAUAGAUCUACAGCCGAGAGGCAGAAGACCUGAAAAUCGUACAGUGUUGGUUCGAGUGUGUAGGAAACCUCCUGCUAGUAACAAUAAUCAAUCAGAAAACAUUUCCAUUCAAAAUGUCACUACUGAUAAUACUGAAUGUCAGCUGAAGAAAGUGAUAGUAUCAUCUGUUGAAGUCCAAAACCCUGACAUGGUGGCAGAGGGAGGAAUCCCUCAGGAUGUUUUGGAGGAAUUGGAAAGAGACGGGGAAUGGACCGUUACUCAGAAUGAAACUGAAAUUGAAGGCGGCGGCGGCAGGCUUAGGAGAGAGGCAGCGGGAGACUGGACGGAUGUGGAUUUCAAUUCUGAUUCCUCAGAAGAUGGGGCAACUGGGAUAGGGAUUGGAGAAGAAAUGGAAAAUACAACUGACACUCUAGUCAAGGUAAAAGCAGAGGAAAAGAGUGAAACACCAAGCAUGAGUAAUGGGACGAAGGAAGAUCUUGAAGAGGGCAAUGAGAUCUUCCUGAACAGCGAUCCACAGCUCAACGAGAAGAUCUCACCUGUAGAGCCAAGCGUUUCAGAAGAUAUGCAUCAAAACCUAAUACCAGAAGACCACAUUAAGUCUAAACCUGAGCGACUUACAUCAGAUCUGCUGGAUCUGGAUUACAACUACACUGCUGAUCACAGCAGCAUGAUCAAUCUGUCCCUUGAGUAUGAUGACUACGGCCAAGAGGUGAACGGCACGUUAGAUUCAUCUGCCAUAGAUUACAUGGACGUGCGCUCUGGACAGACCAAAUUACGCCACUACUACAUUGCAGCAGAGGAGAUCACCUGGGACUAUGGCAUCAGGAAACCCCAUCAGCUCAUCAAACCUAUAGAGAUGCGUCGAGGGAUGAGGAAGUUCCUGCCGGAGUACAAGAAGGUGGUGUUCAGAGCCUACAGCGAUAAAGACUUCAGACAACCUGUAGGCAGAGGAGAGGCCCAGGAACACCUGGGAAUCAUGGGACCUUUCAUCAGAGCAGAGAUUAAUGACCUCCUCACUGUGGUCUUUAAGAACAAGGCAUCCAGGCCUUACUCUUUUCACCUCCAGGGGGUCUAUGACCGCAGCCAGGGGGCCGGCAUGGGCCAAAGCCCUGCCUCCUCUGCUCCCCAUGGGGUCCCAGGAGAUCCUGUGGCCCCUGGUGAGGCACGUACCUAUAACUGGAGGAUAACCAGGAAACAAGGACCCACUGACAAUGAAAUUGACUGCAAGACUGGGGCUUACUACUCCACUUUGGACAAGAGGCGGGACCUUCAUUCGGGUCUGAUUGGUCCGCUGGUGAUCUGUAAGUCCGGUAUUCUCCGGACUCAUCAGAACACGCAGCGGGAUGUCCAAGAGUUUGCGCUCCUCUUCCACACCUUUGAUGAAACCGAAAGUUGGUACCUGGAGGAGAGCCUGCGGCGGUACUGUGCUCCUCCCUGUCGGGCCAACACUGAGGACCCCUGGUACCACAUUAGCAAUAAGUUUUCAUCAAUAAAUGGCUAUGUGGCGGAGACACUUCCUGGUCUGUUGACCGCCCAGCACCAGCGCGUCAGGUGGCACUUGCUGAAUGUGGGAAAUGACGGAGAAUUCCACGCUGUGCAAUUUCAUGGUUUGCCUUUCACUGUUCACACAAAGGAAGAACACCGUAUGGGGGUCUACAAUCUUUUCCCUGGAGUGUUCGGCACGGUGGAGAUGAGACCCCCUACAGUUGGCACGUGGCUGCUAGAGUGCACUAUAGGAGAUCAUCAGCUGGCCGGCAUGAGAGCCAAACUCCUGGUCUAUGAUCGACGAUGUGUCAUGCCUCUGGGGAUGAAAUCUGGAAGGAUUGAAGAUUCCCAGAUCACAGCAUCAGAUCACACAGGUGACUGGGAGCCGAGGCUGGCGAGGCUGGAGCAGUCUGGUUAUAUCAAUGCUUGGAUAGGAAGAAACCGGAUGUCAUGGAUACAGGUUGACCUGCAGAGGCCCACUCUGCUGCACGGUGUGCAGACGCAGGGAGUCAGGUCCAAACUGAGAGACAACUACAUCACAAUCUUCAACGUCUCCUACAGCCUGGACCAGGAGACUUGGACCACUUACAGAGGAAACAGAACCAAGCAGAACAAAGUAUUUUAUGGCAACAUGGACAGCUCCACGAUGAAAAACAACCCCUUCAUUCCCCCAUUUGUGGCUCGCUAUGUCAGGAUUCAGCCUGUAAACUAUGUGCAAAAGCCUGCUCUCCGUCUGGAGCUGCUGGGCUGUGAUCUCAACAGCUGCUCCCUCCCUCUCGGGCUUCAGAGGCGACUCAUUCCUGACACCAACUUUACUGCUUCAUCAUUUUAUUCGUCUCUGCUACGCAGCUGGAGCCCCAGCCUCGCCCGGCUCCACCAGGAAGGAAGUGCCAACGCCUGGAGGCCAAAGAACAACAACCCCCAUGAGUGGCUGCAGGUUGACUUGGGGGAAGUAAAACGAAUCACAGGGGUCAUAACGCAAGGAGCGCGAUCAAUUUUGACCCAAAUGAUGGUGACAGAGUUCUCAGUCACCUUCAGUCAUGAUGCACGUUCCUGGAGCAGUGUGUUGGAGGAGAGCUCCCAAAGAGAAAAGAUCUUCACAGGGAACAGUGAUUUUGAAGAGGAAGCUCUCAAUGUUUUUGAUCCUCCUCUGUUUGGCCGCUACCUCCGCAUCCAUCCACGUGGUUGGAUCAACGAUAUCGCCCUGCGUCUGGAGGUCCUGGGCUGUGACACGCAGCAGGGGCGUUGAUACCACUUGGUCAACUCCUGGAUGCCACACAGCAUUAUUUAGUAGCAAAAUGUAUCCCUGUUUCAUUUGGGAAAAUGUUAUAAUUCAGUUAUAUAUGACAUGUAACUGUUUCUUUAGGCUAUUUCCUCUGUGACCACAUCUUUGUUUAUAUUUUUAUAUCAUCCUAUUAGAUAUGAUUAUUAUAUUUACUUAGCAAACAGUCAUGUUUGAUGUCAUUUUGACAAGGCUCUAGUCUAUAUAUAGUAGGAUCUGUAUAGGAUCUUGUUUCAAACAGAGCCACAAUUUUAGAUAAAAAACAUGUGUAAAUAUUUCAGAUGGAUGUAUAAAGUUUGAUGGCUGAUGUAUAUUGUUUGAAAAGGUUGUAUUAUUCUACUUUAUUAGAGUUUAUAUAAAUCAUGAAUUUUAAA